GGACGCGCGGCCGGGGAGGUAAAGGCACUGUGAGGACAGAGGGUCUAGGGAAGGUCUGCAAAUCCCGGAGGGCCAAAGGAGCGUCUAAAUGGACAGCGGAACCGGAAAAGCUUUGAGAGAAAGAUGCGUGUAUUAGGGAACGUCUGCAAAGACCGCGGCAGAAGACCAGGGAUUGUCUUAAAAAAUUGCCGAGCGGAUAAAGGGAGGUCUAAAAGGGGGCCGUCUCAAGAGCAAGGCUUCGAAAAGCUAAGCCCGGAAGGACGGUGUGGAGGCCUACUGGGACGCCGGGCACUCCUUAGGGCAGGAUCUACUGGAGCUGCAGCCAGCGACAGGAGAACGGCUCCAGCUCCACGGGGGAAGCAGUGGGCUUAAAGAGGAAGCCCCUGGGCACUGUCUGAAAAGUGCGAUGCCAAAUGAUCUUUAGGGACCGACAGUAAAUUGUAUCCCUUGCUAAAAUACCUCUCGGUAGCAAACCACCAAUCGUUUCUUUUUUAAGCCCCGCCUCUCAGCCAUUACGUCUAGUUCGGCUGUCUCUGAUCCAGGAAGUUGUCAGUUCUCACUUACUCCUCCCCAACAAGCGCUAACAGCCCUCUUCGGGUGAGCACUUUCUCCUCCCCUCAGGCCCCUCGCGCAUUCUCCCGCCUACCUAUCAAUCAUCGUGCUCCGCUGUCCAGUUGGCGGGCCAAGGGGGCGGGGCCGUCGUGUGACGUUUGCAGCCCGCCGGCCGGGAAGCCGCGAGAUGCGUGACGAGCCAGGCGCGUGACGGAGCAGCGGUUGGCCAACGCAGUGGCUGCAGUCGGUGUAACAAGGCCUCGCGCCGCUGCGCGUCCUGCGACCGCUCCUGGCUGGAGGUGACAGGCGGAGCCCUCGCACAGUACCUAAGGAUGCUGUGACCAGAAGAUGGGAUCACGGAACAGCAGCAGUGCAGGAUCCGGGUCCGGAGACCCCUCCGAGGGCUUGUCCCGAAGAGGGGCUGGCCUGCGUCGGAGUGAGGAAGAGGAAGAAGAGGAUGAAGAUGUGGAUCUGGCCCAGGUACUGGCCUAUCUCCUCCGCAGAGGCCAAGUGAGGUUGGUGCAGGGAGGAGGUGCAGCAAAUUUACAAUUCAUUCAGGCCCUCUUGGACUCAGAGGAAGAGAAUGACAGAGCUUGGGAUGGUCGUCUUGGGGAUCGAUACAACCCACCUGUGGAUGCUACCCCUGACACCCGGGAGCUGGAAUGCAAUGAGAUCAAGACACAAGUGGAACUGGCCACAGGGCAGCUGGGGCUUAGGCGGGCCGCCCAGGAGCACAGCUUUCCUCGAAUGUUGCACCAGAGAGAACGGGGCCUCUGCCACCGGGGAAGCUUCUCCCUUGGAGAACAGUCUCGAGUGAUAUCUCACUUCUUACCCAAUGAUCUGGGCUUCACUGAUAGCUACUCUCAGAAGGCUUUCUGUGGCAUCUACAGCAAAGAUGGUCAAAUAUUCAUGUCUGCUUGCCAAGACCAGACAAUCCGACUGUAUGACUGCCGGUAUGGCCGUUUCCGUAAAUUCAAGAGCAUCAAGGCCCGUGAUGUAGGCUGGAGCGUCUUGGAUGUGGCCUUCACCCCUGAUGGGAACCACUUCCUCUACUCCAGCUGGUCUGAUUACAUUCAUAUCUGCAGUAUCUAUGGUGAGGGAGAUACACACACUGCCCUGGAUCUCAGGCCAGAUGAGCGUCGCUUUGCUGUCUUCUCCAUUGCCGUCUCCUCAGAUGGACGAGAAGUACUAGGAGGGGCCAAUGAUGGCUGCCUGUAUGUCUUUGACCGAGAACAGAACCGACGCACCCUUCAGAUUGAGUCCCAUGAGGAUGAUGUGAAUGCAGUGGCCUUUGCUGAUAUAAGCUCCCAAAUCCUGUUCUCUGGGGGAGACGAUGCCAUCUGCAAAGUGUGGGAUCGACGCACCAUGCGGGAGGAUGACCCCAAGCCUGUGGGUGCACUGGCUGGACACCAGGAUGGCAUCACCUUCAUUGACAGCAAGGGUGAUGCUCGAUAUCUUAUCUCCAACUCUAAAGACCAGACCAUCAAACUCUGGGAUAUCCGACGCUUUUCCAGCCGGGAAGGCAUGGAAGCCUCACGCCAGGCUGCCACACAGCAAAACUGGGACUAUCGCUGGCAGCAAGUGCCCAAAAAAGCCUGGCGGAAGCUGAAGCUCCCAGGGGACAGCUCCUUGAUGACCUACCGGGGCCACGGAGUGCUGCACACCCUCAUCCGCUGCCGGUUCUCCCCCAUUCACAGCACCGGCCAGCAGUUCAUCUACAGUGGCUGCUCCACUGGCAAAGUGGUUGUGUACGACCUUCUCAGUGGCCACAUUGUAAAGAAGCUGACGAACCACAAGGCCUGUGUGCGUGAUGUCAGUUGGCACCCCUUUGAAGAGAAGAUUGUCAGCAGUUCGUGGGACGGGAACCUGCGUCUGUGGCAGUACCGCCAGGCUGAGUACUUCCAGGAUGACAUGCCAGAAUCCGAGGAAUGUGCCAGCGCCCCUGCCCCAGUGCCCCACUCCUCUACAGCCUUUUCCUCACCCCAGUAGAUCCGACCUCCAGCCCCAUACAGGGUGAACCUCUUGAUAAGCUCUCUGCCUCCUCCUCCCUUUCUCCCUUGUGGGGAAUGUUUGGAGGAAUCACUGGCAUUGGAUGGGGAGAAACAGAAGCCCGGGCUCUGAGCCUCAGCUGAGCCCUGGAAGAUCCUUCCCAUGGGGCAGAGUGGUCUCCUUACAUGCUCACACCCAGUCAGCCUGGGUCCCUAUCUCUGGCCAGAGUUUGGCGAGACUGCCAUUAUCUGGGUUGUGGCCUCUGCCAGCAAGAGAAGUGUCCUGGGUGUUUUUAAUCAUGUUUGAAUGUUAGGGGUUGGAUUCUAGGGUAGAUGCCUGAGGCCACAUCUGAACAGACCUGUCAGCCAGGCCUGUUGUCCAGGUCUUCACGUUGAGGAUUCGACUGGCCAAACACAGGACAGGUGUCCUGGCCUUUCUUCCUGAGGUCUCUAGGGGAGGGGCAUGGGUAAGGGUGUUUCCUCAGCACCCUCCUGGGGUGGGGAUUAUGUCUGCUCUCAUGUCUGGGUCUUUGGGGUAGGACAGGCUGUGGUAUGAGAGGUAGGAGUCUCUACAGGGCUCCAUGUGGCCCCUCAUAGGGCAGGCCCUGCCCUCUGAGAAGGUCCCUUCAUGCUGGAGGCACAUAGCUUUAAGGAAGUAGGAUGAAGUAGGACUCCUUUGUCCUCUCACUGGCUUUGGCUCCCUCAAUAAACUGCGUGGGAACCUG